CCUUACUUCCGGGAGUAGUUCAUGAGGAACGCAAUAAAUCAUACUGUAGUUUGAUUAGUGGGCGUUAUAUUUGACAUUACAAACUGUGAUGAUGGAUGAUUCAAUGAUGCACAUUCGAAUCCGUGAUGUGAAUCCCAACAUAGUGUGUUCCCUCUGUGCUGGCUACUUCAUUGAUGCCACAACCAUCACAGAAUGUCUCCAUACAUUUUGUAAGAGUUGCAUUGUAAAGUACCUUCAGACCAGCAAGUGUUGUCCUCAGUGCAAUGUCAAAGUUCAUGAGACCCAGCCACUGUUUCACUUGCGAGCUGACCGCACACUGCAGGACAUUGUGUACAAACUGGUUCCAGGCCUGUUUGAAAGUGAAGAAAAAAGAAGGGAGGAAUUCAACAAAGCCAGGGGAACUAUCAUGGUGAAAAAAGAUGGCAAAGAAAAGAAGAUAGAAGAGAACCAGUUGGCUCCUCGUCUGUCCAGCAUCCUCAACAACCCCCAGAGUUACAUGUACAGAUAUGAUGAACAGAUCUGCCUCUGUCUGGAGAGGUUUGGACAUCAGACAGUGUCACACCAUGGGAAAAAUGUGCAGCUGCAGCCGUUAGAGAAGAAGUUUGUCCGGUGCUCCAUUCGUGUCCUCAUCUCCCAUCUCAAGUCAAUGUUGUACAAGAAACUGGGGAUACCAUCUGCACUGAAGUUGGAGGUGUUGUGUGGGGAGGAGGAGAUGGCAGAUGAAAUGUCCAUGAAGCAGAUCUAUCUCAUGUACUGGUGCCGGGAAGUGCCGAUGACAUUGUUCUACAGGAUCCAGGAACCAUGGAUGAUAACGUGAGCGUUUCCACACCUAUCCUUCCAAAUCUGUCACCCGGUGAUAUCAUCACAUUACUACCAUCUGAUCACUGUCAGAACAAGAGAGUUGUUGCCAUGGCAACUGAGCAAUGGCAGCAUUCGUGACAAUUUGUGUUGUUUCAUGCGCUUCCUAAUCAUGCGUGACUGAAGAAUGUUACAUUUGUGAUCUUGUACAGUACAGCUUCUCGCGGCAGCAUUAUCGUAUCGACUCUGAUUCACAGUUGGCCAUCAAAGACAUGUCAGCUCAUCGUGUCGUCCAUGACAGAAGGCACAGCUUUGCUUGUCAGUGUGGUGUAACAAGAUAUGCAAGCAAUGCUGGAUGGGGAAAAGUUGUGUCAGCCAUCUGAUGUCUUAUGUGACUGCAUGGUAGAAAUUUGGAUGUAAGAUAUACAAGUUGACAACUAUGUGUUCAUGUUCCUUUGUGCAUGAAUCACGAGAGUUAGUAAACACUUAUCAUGUCGCCAUGUUCAGCAUGUUUACGAUUCCAGUGCUGGGGUCUUCAGUUACAUGUCAGUUCACUGGAAUCUCAUCUUCUCCAUACAGGGAUCGAUUUAGUGCUUUGUCACUUGCACUGGUGCAACCCAAUAUUACAAAGUGCAACCUAGUUAUUUGUCUAACUUGCACCA